AUGGAGGAGAUGCAACAACUCCUCAGCAUGGGCUUCCCCGAUGAGUUAGCCGCCCAAGCCUUGGCCGCCACCGGUGGUAAAUCCACGGUCAAAGCCACCGAAUGGAUUCUCACUCACAAAUCCAACGCCGCCAAUCCUUCCACUUUCUCGUCCACAUUCCAGCCCAAGCUCGAUCGUUUCUUCCAUUCCUCCCAAUCGCCCACACCUCCGCAAUCGCAAUCACAAGAAGAAGACCAACAUUCCAAACGCCCCAAGAUUUCUAAUCAUUCCGCAGAACAUCCACCACCACAACAAAACUGGCCUACUUUCUUCUUCAAGACCGCAGACAAGAAACACGCCAACACUCACAUUCACCAACCCUUGUACGAGCGCUUGCGUCCCAGAACCCUCGACGACGUCGUAGGUCAGGACCAUCUCCUGGCCCCCAACUCCCUUCUUCGCUCUGCAAUCCAACGCAACCGCCUCCCCUCCACCCUCUUGUGGGGUCCACCUGGUACUGGUAAGACCACUAUAGCAAAAGCCAUUGUUAAAUCCUCAACCUCGACGUGUUACCGCUUUGUCUCCUUAUCUGCCGUCACUAGCGGCGUUAAAGACGUCAGGGACGCCGUUGACGAGGCCAGAAAACUCAGACUUAAAUCCAACCAAACCACCGUUCUCUUCGUUGACGAGGUUCACAGGUUCAACAAGUCCCAACAGGACUCUUUCUUACCCGUCAUUGAAGAUGGCAGCAUUGUCUUCGUAGGGGCCACCACUGAGAACCCUUCUUUCCAUUUGAUCACACCUCUCUUGUCUCGCUGCCGUGUCCUCACACUUAACCCUCUCCAACCCCACCACCUUGCCUUGCUUCUAAACCGCGCUGUCAAUGAUACUGACAAAGGGUUGAUGCAAAGCGUGGGGGUUCCAGUUGAUGUUAGCGAAGAUGUUGUUGAUUUUAUAAGCAACAAUUGUGAUGGGGAUGCUCGGGUGGCCCUGAAUGCCCUGGAGAUUGCAGCUGUUACUGCAGCAGCGAGGCUACAACAUGGUAAACAAAAGGAACAAGAGGGGAUGGAAAUGGAUCUUCACACAAACGAGGAAUACAAGGUUGUUGCUGCUGCUGUUGUUAGUGUUGAUGAUGCAAAGGAGGCACUUCAGUGCAAGCAUCUUGCUUACGAUAAAGCUGGGGAAGAGCACUAUAACCUAAUCAGUGCGUUGCACAAGUCUAUGAGGGGAAGCGAUGCGGAUGCAGCUAUUUAUUGGUUGGCAAGAAUGUUAGAGGGGGGUGAAGAGCCUCUUUACAUUGCCCGCAGACUCAUAAGGUUCGCCAGUGAGGAUGUUGGUUUAGCUGAUCCAUCAGCUCUUAAUCAGGCCGUUUCUUGCUACCAAGCUUGCCACUUCCUGGGAAUGCCCGAAUGCGAUGUAAUUCUCGCACAGUGUGUUGCUUACUUGGCCUUAGCACCUAAAUCUGUUGCAGUUUAUCGAGCUAUAGGAGCUGCUCAGAAGGCAGUGAGGAAAUCCGCUGGACAGAAUGAGGGGGUGCCCCUCCAUUUGAGGAAUGCUCCAACCAAAUUAAUGAAGGAAAUUGGGUAUGGGAAGGGAUACAUCUACCCUCCGGACAACCCCUCCUCCACACAGACUUACUUGCCACCAUCACUUCAAGGCCACAAGUUCCUCGAUUGGUCUGCUGGCAAUCCUUCUGAUUGA